CAUUUCGAUCUAUUUUUCAGAUAAACUUGUUCUAAUGUUGGUCGAGCAAACCAAGAAAGCUGCUCUAAACGGCAAGUCAUUUACUCUUUCGUACUAUCUAAUCUAUUCAUUUAAUCUUUCUUCUUUUACAAAAUUUCCCGGUUUUAUCGUUUAACCGUUAAACCUCAUCUAAAACCUCCUUCUUGCAGAGCAUGCUUUUGAGAUUCGUUUCUUAAAGAUGGCUCUUUCUGCUAAAACCCCGCGAAUUCCUCUCCAAUCAGAUUACCAAAACCUCAACUCCCUCAAGCCUCAAAACCGCAACGUCAAAAACUCUUUAACUUUCUCUUUCAAAACCAAAAGGACUCAAUUUCCCCCUGCACUGAGACCUCCCCAAAACUCAUUCACCACUACCGCAACUUUCAUCUCCUCCGAAAACCCAACAAAUUCGCGUUUGUUUCAAUUAUGCCUUGAGGGGAACUUAGAGCAAGCCCUAAAACACUUUAAUUCUAUGAAAGAAUUAAAAUUUUCAGUCGAAGAGGAAAAUUUUAUUGCUUUGAUUAGGUUAUGUGAGAACAAGAGAGCUUAUGCUGAGGGUAAUUAUGUGUUCAAAGCUGUGUUGAAUUCUCUGGUUGCCCCAUUGACUGUUGGGCUUGGAAAUGCGCUUUUGAGUAUGUUUGUGAGAUUUGGUGAUUUGUGUAAUGCAUGGAAUGUUUUUGGGAGAAUGGGUGAGAGGGACUUGUUUUCUUGGAAUGUUUUGGUUGGUGGGUAUGCAAAAGCAGGAUUUUUUGAUGAGGCUUUGUGUUUGUAUCAUAGGAUGUUAUGGGUUGGUAUUAAGCCUGAUAUAUAUACUUUCCCUUGUGUUUUGAGAAGUUGUGGUGGGGCACAUGAUUUUGUUAGGGGAAGGGAGAUUCAUGGUCAUGUAAUUAGAUUUGGGUUUGAGGCAGAUGUUAGCGUGGUAAAUGCUUUAAUCACAAUGUAUGUAAAAUGUAGCCAGGUGGGUUUAGCACGCUUGGUGUUUGACAAAAUGUCCCAAAGAGACAGAAUUUCUUGGAAUGCAAUGAUUUCAGGGUAUUUUCAGAAUGGGGAGUGCAUAGAAGGGUUAAAGUUGUUUUUGCAGAUGCUUGCGCUUCCGAUUGAUCCAGAUUUGAUGACUAUGACUAGUGUGAUUUCUGCAUGUGAGCUUCUAGGCGAUGAUAGGUUAGGGAGGGAAAUUCAUGGGUAUGUGAUAAGAACAGAGUAUGGAAAUGAUGUUUCAAUAUUUUCUUCAUUGAUUGAAAUGUACUCAAGUCUUGGGUACUGGAAGGAAGCGGAAAGAAUGUUUUCGAGAAUGGAAACUAAAGAUGUUGUAUCAUGGACUGCAAUGAUUUCGGGCUACGAGGACAAUUUCCUGCAUGAUAAGGCCUUGGAAACUUACAAAACUAUGGAAUCAGAAGGUAUCGUGCCUGAUGAGAUCACAAUAGCCUGUGUUGUAUCUGCCUGCGCUUGCUUAGGGCAAUUAGAUAUGGGUAUGAAGCUUCAUGAGCUUGCUGACAGGACUGGACUAGUAUCAUAUGUUAUUGUUGCAAACUCACUCAUCGAUAUGUAUUCAAAGUGCAAACGCAUUGACAAAGCUUUGGAAGUUUUCCAAAGCAUUCCACACAAAAAUGUGAUAUCCUGGACUUCUAUUAUUGUUGGACUGCGUAUAAACAAUCGGAGCCUUGAGGCUUUGACAUUCUUUCAACAAAUGAACCGUAACUUGAAGCCAAAUUCUGUUACUUUGAUUUCUGUGCUCUCUUCAUGUGCUAGAACGGGAGCUUUAAUGUGUGGCAAAGAGAUACAUGCCUAUGCUUUAAAGACUGGAGUAGGAUCUGAAGGAUUUCUUCCCAAUGCAAUUUUGGACAUGUAUGUGAGAUGUGGAAGGAUGGGAUCUGCAUUGAAUCAAUUUAAUUCACAAGAAAAGGAUGUUGGUGCUUGGAAUAUUAUGAUGAAAGGGUAUGCUCAACAGGGACAAGGAGCAAUGGCCGUCAUGUUGUUCAACAAAAUGAUGGAGUCUAGAAUUACUCCUGAUGACAUCACAUACAUUGCUCUUUUGUGCGCUUGCAGUAGAUCUGGGAUGGUGGAGGAAGGUUUGAAAUAUUUUAACAGCAUGGAACUGAAUUCUGUCGAGCCAAAUUUGAAACAUUAUGCCUGUGUGGUUGAUUUACUUGGCCGUGCAGGACAGUUGAAAGAAGCUCAUGAGUUAAUAGAGAAAAUGCCUUUAAAGCCAGAUGCAGCCAUAUGGGGAGCCUUAUUAAAUGCAUGUAGGAUCCACCGGCAGGUUCAGCUUGGGGAACUGGCAGCUCAGCAUAUUUUAAAGGAGGAUACAAAAAGUAUUGGGUAUUAUAUUCUCUUGUGUAAUCUCUAUGCUGACAGUGGGAAGUGGAAUGAAGUUGCAGAAGUAAGAAGGAUAAUGAAAGAGGAAGGUUUAAUUGUUGAUCCUGGGUGUAGUUGGGUGGAAGCAAGGGGAAAUGUUCAUGCUUUCCUUAGCGGUGAUAAUUUCCAUCCUCAAAUGAGGGAAAUAAAUGUGGUAUUGGAGGGAUUUUAUGAGAAAAUGAAAGCAGCUGGUUUUGAUGAUCAAGAAUACAGUUCUAUUGAUGAAGUUGAAAAUUCCAGAGCAGACAUCUUUUGUGGGCACAGUGAGAGACUAGCAAUUGCAUUUAGCCUAAUUAAUACUGCUCCUGGGACACCUAUAUUGGUUACAAAGAAUCUCUAUAUGUGCCAAUGCUGUCACAGAAUCAUUGACUUCAUUUCUAAGACAGUUCGCAGGGAGAUCUCUGUAAGGGAUGCAGAGCAGUUCCACCAUUUCAAAAACGGCUCUUGUUCUUGUUCUGGAGAGAAAAUUGACAACUAAGAAGCUUAAAGAAAUUUGAAUAUACAGCAAAUCUGGGGAUAAAUUUCAAUUAGGGAUAUAUAGCAGUUGCAUAUGUAUUGUCUUGUGGGGAUAAAGAUACUGUCAAAAAUUGGUAAGCUUGUGUUGAAAGAAACUUGAAUGAUAUAUCAAGCCAUACUUGAAAACCAGAGAGGCAACCUCAAUUGUGUGGAUUGGGCUAUGGAUAUUUUACAAGUCCCCUUGAAAACAGAAGUGUGUUUACAUGCAAAAGAAGAUGAAUAGACCAUUCAAGGCAGGAAAAAGGAAACUUGAAUGAUAUAUCAACCCAUACUUGAAAAUCAGAAAGGCAACCUCAAGUUUGUGGAUUGAGCUAUGGAUAUUUUACAAGUCCCUUUGAAAACAGAAGUGUGUUUACAUGCAAAGGAAGAUGAAUAGACCAGUCAAGGCAGAAAAAAACAUGGAAAACAGAUACGUAGCUAUGGUGUAUACCAAUGUACACUUUCUCGAACUCCAAUCUCAUUCUCUUCUUACAAUGUAUAGUAUGUAACUUCACUGUAAAUUAAAUGUUUGACUUUAAGCUAUUUUGUGAAUGAUAAGUAGUUCGAAUUCAUGGAUGCUGUAUACUUCCCAACGGUUUACUUUUAGUGAUAUUAGUUGCCUCA